CAAAAUUUUAUUCUUUGAUUUAAAUACGAUUUUUUUAAACAAUGUUUAAAUAUAGGACUCUCAUCCCUCAAAUAAUAUUUACAAUUUAUAUCAAAAAAUUUGUAACAGGUUACAAUUUACAACCCCAGUUGUCUAAUACAAUUAUUGGCAAAAGUAUAGGCAUGGUGGGACAUAUCAAUAGCGAUAGAUUUGAUCCGAAGGCAAGAAAUCUAUUCAGUGAAUUGAUUCCAAAUAAUUUGUUGCCUAAAAUAAAUCAACCCAAUUACAUUAUUCCUGGUUGCGCUUGGAAUUACUGGGGUCAUUAUAACUGCCUUCAUCCUGAGACAAGAACCAAAAACCCUAAAUUAUCGCUAAGAGGCAAACCUUAUCCCACAAUCCCGUUUCAUCGACACAAGCCUCAUCUCCUGGGAGGAAAAAAGGACAGCCAUCCCAGGCCUAUCCCGGGUCCUAAAUUAGGUAAAAGCCAGCGUUACAAGAAACCCACCUAUGACUGGUGGUCAACCACUCCUUUAACAUUAACUACAGUCGCUGGGAAAAAAAGUAUCAAGUUGGCUUGGAUCAAAAUGAUUCAUUUCUUGCCAGAUUUGUUUUUGCAUGAUCGGCGUCACAGACAUCGUGAUAGCUAUAGAGGUGACAGAUUUCGCGGUGAUGACUAUACUCCCGAUUAUCGCAGUGGAUUUAUAUCGGGACAAAAGCAUCAUGAAUAUAGAACAGACUACAAUAGUAUGACCAAAUCAACUAUAGGUCCAUGGUUACGACAUGGAUCCUGGCAUCACCAUGGCCACAGACUUAAAAAAGGUAGUACACAACCCUCCAUUGGCAAAAGAGAGAGAUUCAGGAGAAAAUUUCCACAAUAUAAAGGCCAUAUAGAUGCUUAUAUGAUUUCAGAGCCAACAAUGGAAUCGGUAAACAAUAUUCAUGUGAAGCCAAUUAGUAAGGAUAAUAAACAAAAAUUGGACAAGGUUGGUUUCAACAUUGAAUUAGGUACUACCCACCAAAGUGAUGAAAAAGAUUUGAUAGGCAAAGCAAAUGAAGAAAAUAAAUUAAAUAGAGUUAAUGAACCUAAAACAUUUAGACAUUUAAUUUUGAGUGGUUUUAAAUUAACUAAAUAUGUAGAAGUACAGUAUAAUAUACUGGGGGCGAUAGUAAUUUUGUUGAUUUGGUUGGGAAGUUUGUGUUUUGGCAGGAGAGAGCGCCGGAAUAGGAGUAUUAAAAUACGAGGGCAGACGUUGUUGAUAGAAGGGCACAACGGGGAAGAAGAUAGGUAUGGAAGAGUUACGUGGUUACCGGUGCAAGAAAUGUUGCAAGGAUGGGCAAGUAAUGAGGAUUUGAAAUGGAGCAGGGAAGGAAAGGAAAGUGGAGAUGGAAGAAUGGAGGUAUAUAGAGGUCGUGGAGGUUUGACAAAGUCGUUUAGGACGGAAGGGCAGAGAAAUAGGGAUAUUGUAUGUUAUAAAUGUGGUAUAAAAGAGCAUAUAGCCAGUAAUUGUCGGGAUAUUAAAUGUUUUGAGUGUGGCCAGAGUGGUCACAUUUCGACGUUUUGUCCCAGUAAGCAAGACAGAUUUGCUGGAUGUGGUAGAUUUGGCCAUCGGAAAGAGAAUUGUAAUGUAGGAAAUGUCAAUACGAGAGGGUAUCGAGCGCCAUUAAUGUGA